GUAUCUGCAUCGAUAAAGUGUAACCUUUCUUAGAGUUUCAUUUGAAAUAUUCAAAAAACGCUCGCCUGCUUGAUCGUUAAUAAUUUUGACGCAAUUGAAGUGUUUAAUUUUUAGAAAAUAUAAUUUUUUAGUCAAUAUUCGUACUGCUUGUGACAAUGGAACCUAUGACUUUGGGAUCACCUGUUAGCAGUCCAGUACAAAAUCCAUGUAGCCCUGGUGGUACCUCCAUGUAUCUUCCAAGUUUCCUUUUAGGAGAUACAAAUAUUCCUAUCAAAAUAGGAGUAACGAGUCCUCAAGAUAAUAGUAUAAGACAUUUGAAUGCAACCAAUUGUAGUAUAAUGUCACCAGUCUCCCAAUAUGGCACACCAGAGUAUCGUAUUAAUCGUCAGAAGGCUGUUUUUGGAAAUGCUACUACACCAAAUACAUCUCAAAUAGGUGCAGAAAAUCAAGCAGGUGGACCGCCAACUCGUGGAUUAUUUGAUGUAAUAGAAACUUCGCCGGCUAUAACGACUCAUAAAGUAACAUCAAAUCAAAAUACACCAAAUUUUUAUCCUAAUCAGUCAAAAAUGUUGAUGAAUUCAACCAACAGUAUGUUAUUCCCAGAUAGUCCAUUGAAUUUGAAUGCUAACGAAUCACAAGGACUUUUACAAUGGGUCACUGUCUUUGGUUUUCCUCCAAAUGCAAUUAAUACAGUACUUUCUCAUAUUUCUAGCAAAGUUCGUAUAAUAGAUAAACACCCACCGCCUUUACCAAUAAGUAAUUGGAUACAUUUAAAAUGUGCGUCCGAACAGGAAACGCAAAGAGCAUUAGCAUGUAAUGGUAGUAUAGUCUCUGGUUCAAUUAUGAUUGGGGUAAUACCGUGUACCGAUGAAGCUGUUAUUUUGAGUAGUGAUAAAGAAAAUCGCUCCAAGUUAAAUGGAAGUAUGAGAUCUUUUGCUACUUCUAAUAAAAUUAAUCAAAGUAAAGAUCAGAGUACACCGCAAUCACCAAUUAGAAUAAAAAAUGCAAGACCUCUUGCAGUUGGAUACAGUCAACAUUUAAGUUCACAAUCUGUACAAUCACCAGAAAAUGUUCCACAAAAAUCUACUGGUUUAGUUUCCAAAGCAAUGGAAUAUAUGUUUGGAUGGUAAUCAAAAUGGUUAAUACCAUGAUUGUGUAAGGUACAAUUACAAUCUAAUUUUUAUAAAAAAGUGUACAUUAAUCAAAAUAAAUACAUAUUAAAAAUA